GGUCGCCGCAUGAUGGCGGCUUAGUGCCUGAGGAAGCCGGGAGUGUGUGUCCUCCCCUGCUUAGCGGGCCCGGUGGACCGGGAAGAAGGCCAUGGCCAGCGUGCACGAGAGCCUGUAUUUCAACCCCAUGAUGACCAACGGGGUGGUGCACGCCAACGUCUUCGGCAUCAAAGACUGGGUCACCCCCUACAAGACGGCGCUGCUGGUGCUCAUCAGCGAGAUGGGCCGGGACGGGCCCUAUCUCAGCCUGCUCGAGAGGCGAAGCCUGAACCGCCUCCUGCUGCUCUUGCUUCAGGGCCCUGAUAUGACCCUUUCUCGACUGAUUAAAGCCGUUGAAGAAUGCUGCUCUCAGCUAGCAAGCUUAGUGCAAAUAAGGAUAAAGCUGAUGGCAACCGGAGAACUGAAAGACAUGGAGCAAUUCUUCGAUGACCUUUCAGAGGCAUUCAGUAGACCAGAACCAGAUGUUCACAAGACCAGCGUAGUAGGUUUGUUCCUGCGCCAGAUGAUCCUGGCCUACAACAAGCUCUCCUUUAGCCAAGUGUACAAGCUCUACACAGCUCUGCAGCAGUACUACCAGGAGGAUUUGAAGAAGAUUGGCGGAGAGGAAGCCGAAAUGGAGCUGGCGCACGGCGAGGGCCUCGACGCGAAAAUGGAGAAAGAAGACUUUGAUGGACCUCUCAGGGAGGAAGAAAUCUCUUGCAAUGGGCCACUCUCUCAGAAGCAAGCGGAAUACUUCCUCUCGCAACAGGCAUCUCUCCUGAAAAAUGACGAAACAAAAGCUCUUUCUCCGGCGUCUUUACAAAAGGAACUGAACGGCUUGUUAAAAUUUAAUCCUGAUUUUGCUGAAGCGCAUUACUUGAGCUACUUAAACAGCCUCCGGGUCCAAGACGUCUUUAGUUCCACCCACAGCCUCCUCCACUACUUUGACCGCUUGAUCCUCACCGGCGCCGAAAGCAAAAGCAAUGGCGACGAAGGCUACGGGAGGAGCCUCAGAUACGCAGCCCUGAACUUGGCUGCCCUGCAUUGCCGCUUCGGGCACUACCAGCAAGCUGAACUGGCCCUGCGGGAAGCCAUCCGGAUCGCUCAAGAGUCCAACGAUCACGUGUGCCUGCAACACUGUUUGAGCUGGCUGUACAUCUUGGAGCAGAAGAAAUCAGACAGCUGCGUGCUUUUGGAGCACUCCGUGAAAAAGGCGGUGCACUUCGGAUUGCCAUAUUUAGCCUCUCUGGGGAUCCAGUCCUUGGUUCAGCAAAGAGCUUUUGCAGGGAAGACGGCCAGCAAGCUAAUGGAUGCCUUGAAGGACUCCGACCUCCUGCACUGGAAGCACAGCUUGUCCGAGCUGAUCGACAUCAGCAUCGCCCAGAAGACGGCUAUUUGGAGGCUCUACGGUCGCAGCACCAUGGCCCUCCAGCAAGCCCAGAUGCUGCUGAGCAUGAACAGCCUGGAGGCCGUGAACGUGGGCGUCCAGCAGAACAACACCGAGUCCUUUGCAGUGGUUCUGUGCCACCUAGCCGAGCUGCACGCCGAGCAGGGCUAUUUUGCAGCUGCCUCCGAAAUCCUGAAGCACCUGAAAGAGAGAUUUCCUCCCAACAGCCAGCAUGCACAGCUGUGGAUGCUGUGCGACCAGAAGAUCCAGUUUGACAGAGCAGUGAAUGACGGCAAGUACCACGUCGCUGAUUCACUUGUUGCCGGCAUUACAGCACUGAACAGCACCGAGGGGGUAUACAGAAAAGCCAUCGUACUGAAAGCCCAGAACCAGAUGUCGGAGGCGCACAGACUCCUGCAGAAGCUUUUGAUUCACUGCCAGAAAAUAAAAAUCACAGAGACGGUGAUCAGAGUGCUCCUGUCUGUUGCCAAGCUCCACUUGCGCUCUCUCUGCCACACGACAGCCCUGCCCAUCCUCCUCCAAGCCCUCGCUCUUUCCCAGGAGUACCACCUCCAGCAUCUGGCUUCCGAAACCAUCCUCAGCUUGGCUUUCUCCCAGCUCAUGCUUGGCAUUCCUGAACAAGCCUUAAGUAUUCUCCACCUGGCAAUCGAACCCAUCCUGGCUCACGGGACUGUGCUGGACAAAGGGGCUGCCAUGUUCCUAAUGGCCAAGUGCCAAGUCGCCUCCGCGGCCUCCUACAUGCCCCAGAAGAAAGCAGAAGCUCUGGAGUCGGCCAUCUUGAACCUCAACGAAGCCAAAACCUAUUUUGCAAAAGUGGACUGUAAGGAGCAGUUGCGAGACGUCCUUUACCUCCAAGCCAGGCUCUACCACAGCCUGGGCAAGGCGCAGGAGAGGAACCAGUGCGCCAUGCUCUUCCGGCAGCUGAACCAGGAGCUGCCUAUGGGUGAAGUCCCCCUGAUCAAUGCUUUUAAAUGAGGCAGUUGAGCAGAAGGCCACGUCCCAUCAGGAUGGUCUUUGCUGCAAGUCACAGGAUGGUCUUUGCUGCAAGUCACAGGAUGGUCUUUGCUGCAAGUCACGGGGAUGGUGGUCUUUUCUGCAUGUUUGUCGGCUGCUCAUCAGCAGCAGCCUGGCUUCUGCGCAGGCCCGUCGCUAACCAGGAGCCCAUGGGGCCUGGCCCCCUGACAGUUUUGGGGGGGCCUUCACCCCACAUCCCAGGGCCAACCCUCUCCCUCCCACUCCAGUGCAAUUUAAUUUAAUUUCAUAUUAUUGGCUGGCUCUAAAUCACACAGGGGGGAGGAAGAGGGGUGGCCCCCAGCCUCUCCAGCUUCCUGCUCUCACCCCCAUGGCCCUCCCAUUAGCCCCUCCCCCCAUGGCCCUUAGCUACGGGGGGAGCUUCCCGACAUCCAGGCGCUUCCUCCUCUGCCCCCCCCCCCCCCAGCUUUGUAAUAUGGCAUUUUUUGUACUGCGCAACUCACCAUUUGGAAAAUAAAUAGCAGAACAAAACCUCA